AUGCAAACCGUCAAAUGCUUCACUGAAGCCGUUUCGCUCACCACGAAUCUACACCUCACACGUCACGCAGGAUGGCUUCAGCGGCAGGAUUUCCUCUUUCAGCUUGAGUUUUUCGAGGAAAAUGAAGACGCUAUCCUCAUCAUUCAGGAUGCCUGGCGUCGCUAUAAGCAACGAAAACUUGCACGAGAGCAAGAGGAAGCCGAGCGAAACAAGAACAACGAAAAUGGAAACACCAGUGGUAAUGAAAAGGCAGCUGAAACCACGGUUGCGGAGCCUACAGAGGUAGCCGAAGAUGUCGAAAGCGAUGGCACACAAAGACGGGCGACGACAAACAUGGAUGGUGCGGGGGGUGAAGGCGCUAACGUGACAAAUCAUGAGGAGGCGGCGCGAGCGGAGGCUGCUCGUGCGGAGGCGGCACGUCAGGAGGCUGCGGCCACGCGCAUCCAGGCGAGCUACCGCGGGUUCCAGGGCCGCAAGUCUGCGGCGACGCUUCGUGAGGCCAAGGCUGCUGAGGCGGCUGCUGCUGCUGAGGCGGCACGAGCGGAGGCUGCUCGUGCGGAGGCGGCACGUCAGGAGGCUGCGGCCACGCGCAUCCAGGCGAGCUACCGCGGGUUCCAGGGCCGCAAGUCUGCGGCGACGCUUCGUGAGGCCAAGGCUGCUGAGGCGGCUGCUGCUGCUGAGGCGGCACGAGAGGAGGCUGCUCGUGCGGAGGCGGCACGUCAGGAGGCUGCGGCCACGCGCAUCCAGGCGAGCUACCGCGGGUUCCAGGGCCGCAAGUCUGCGGCGACGCUUCGUGAGGCCAAGGCUGCUGAGGCGGCUGCUGCUGCUGAGGCGGCACGAGAGGAGGCUGCUCGUGCGGAGGCGGCACGUCAGGAGGCUGCGGCCACGCGCAUCCAGGCGAGCUACCGCGGGUUCCAGGGCCGCAAGUCUGCGGCGACGCUUCGUGAGGCCAAGGCUGCUGAGGCGGCUGCUGCUGCUGAGGCGGCACGAGCGGAGGCUGCUCGUGCGGAGGCGGCACGUCAGGAGGCUGCGGCCACGCGCAUCCAGGCGAGCUACCGCGGGUUCCAGGGCCGCAAGUCUGCGGCGACGCUUCGUGAGGCCAAGGCUGCUGAGGCGGCUGCUGCUGCUGAGGCGGCACGAGAGGAGGCUGCUCGUGCGGAGGCGGCACGUCAGGAGGCUGCGGCCACGCGCAUCCAGGCGAGCUACCGCGGGUUCCAGGGCCGCAAGUCUGCGGCGACGCUUCGUGAGGCCAAGGCUGCUGAGGCGGCUGCUGCAGCUGAGGCGGCACGAGAGGAGGCUGCUCGUGCGGAGGCGGCACGUCAGGAGGCUGCGGCCACGCGCAUCCAGGCGAGCUACCGCGGGCUCCAGGGCCGCAAGUCUGCGGCGACGCUUCGUGAGGCCAAGGCUGCUGAGGCGCGUGCUGCUGCCGUCCACGCGCCAUUACAAUCCCAGUUGGCGGAUAACCCUACCCUGUCCUCUAGCACGACAUUGUACACUGCCCAUGACAUUACUGGUUUUACCGUUGCUGAAGACUUUAAUCAUGAUAUGCGUCACAUUAUACAACUUCAAGCGGUUUGGCGUGGCUGUCUUCAACGGAUGCGUUAUCGUCGUCUCUUCGACUCGCCCGUUACGAUUCAAGCCAUUCGCGCGUAUAUGCAUAUCUUGAACGGCAACGCCGCCGAGUGCCAACUCGAGCUCGAGCUGAAUGCCACAAAGCGUUUUGUAAUGAUCAAAGCUGACGAAAUUACUGCCCUUGAGAAACAACUUGCUUUACUUGACUUGGAGAUUGGACGCAAGGUUCGGACAGAGGAGGCUAUAUUGCAUGAUGUGCAAGUCAAAGGCCUCUUGCAGCCAACCCUCCCUGCCAACAAAGUCGAUCUUCCUUCUGAUUCGGAUGGUAGUGACAACCUCUUGCAUUAUCGCCAGCUGUUGUUCGUUUUGCUUCAUCAACCUGCCAUCUGGAAUGGAUUGGCUCGUGCACCUGACAUCUCGGCUGGAGAUCUCUUGCGCCUCUGCCGCCUUGUGUUCAAUCAGGGGUCUGGUAAUCACGAGCAGGCCUUGUUGCUUGGAGUUUGCGAGCAUAUUCUCGAGACGGAGAUUUUCGACUUUCCUGCUAGACUGGAGGAUGGCUUGGCACAACUUGGUGCCAACGCCAAUGUCGCUUUCGCAUGGCAGGCUGCGGGCAGUGCAAAUGCCAGUCUUGGGGAUUCAGAUGAUUUCGAAGAGAUCCUGGUUCAGGAACUCGUUGUUUGGCUUGAUAACAUGCAGUCCCGUGCUGCUGCUCGGCUCAAGCACGAAUCUCCUGCUGAGGAGCAAGCCAAGAAUGUACCAGGCGAGGAGCGAGAUGUCAUUUCGCUCCUGGACGGCGACGAGAUUCGGCAGGCAGAAGCAACCGUACAGCAGUUGGGUCUACCGUCUCUUGUCAGCAACUGGAGUGUCCCAGACGUUGGUCGUUGGUUGGAGCGUGAUCGCUUCAAGGCUUACAGCAAACGGUUCGAGAGUAAAGAGAUUGAUGGGCGCAAGCUGUUGGCGCUGGACAGCGCUGCUCUGCUUGAUCUUGGGCUUCUUUCGACCUCAGCUCGGCGACUGGCCGAGCAAAUCGCGUUAUUGCGUGCCAUUAACGAAAAGGCCGAACUGGCACACGCAGGCCCCACUUCAACGGGAGCUCUGGUGAAAACCGAUGGCGUUUCCCUUGAAGCACCACGAUAUGGGUGCAGCGGCGACCCGCAUGAUUGGACCCUGACGCAAGUUCUGACAUGGCUCAAGCGAGCAGGACACGAUGAUGCAGUUUCAGCUUUUGUUCAGGCCGAGGUGUCUGGUGCAAAUCUUUCCAGCUUGGACGCCGCUGCUUUGAAAAUGCUUGGCGUGCAUGACCCAAACCGAUUGGAGAUGGACAUUAACGCGCUCUUCAGCUCGACUGUCGAGGCUGGGCUGUCUGCAUCGAGUGCCGACGAUUUGCCCGAAGAAUUGCAUUUGGCAUUUGGUCUGCUUCGCACACUGUGGUCUCGACGCCGCAACUUGCGCUUUGGGGUUUGCUAUUUGACGGGUGUUUUGAACAAGAGUUUGCAGCGGCGCUAUCCACAAGUAGCGCGCCUGGAGAUUCUACGCGCUGCAGGACUAGGGUUUUAUUACCAGUAUCUGCGCCAUGCUAUGCAAGCGGCUUUGCGCCGGACAUUGGAUAAGGCUGAAUUGCCUUCAGCUGAAUAUGAUCUUGUCACGCAAACGGCAGCCCGUUCGUUCGAACUUGUGCGCUUGGCGUUCCUCGGUGAACGCUCCUUUCGCACCGCUUCUGUUGGCUUGCAGGCGGAUCGUCGCUUGUAUGACCGUUUCUUUCUUCAAGCAACUAGUCAAUUGCUGGACUUGACAAAGCACAUGACGCUUACAGCGUCACUCGAGGAAUAUUUCGGGCUCGACGAAUUCUCCUCAUUCGAAUCGGCGGGCUCCUCAACGGUGUACAUGAGUUUGGUGGAUCUCUUUCGCUUGCACGAGCUUCUUAUCUCCAAUUAUGACAGCUUUCCUGCUCGCUGUCGCGAAUUAUUGCGACCACUUUUGGGCGCGUUUGAACCGCGAGCACGCAAAGCCUUACCGGGCAUGCAUCUUGUACCAGACUUUGUGUCUGAGGCGACCGUCGACAUUGAGCUCUCGAAGCAUUUCCUGGCGCGCUGGCAGGUCGAAGAUGUGUCCAGCUGGCUUGAGGAUUUGCAACUGAAUCAGUACAUCUUGCCCUUUGCCACACACUUGGUGAAUGGCAAGACCCUGCUCAAGGUUAAGAAAGCGGCCGACUUUUCAAAAUACGGUGUGGUGGAUUACAAGGACUCAAUGGUGCUUUUUCGGAAUCUUCGCCACCUGCGACUUCGUCUUGCGGCAGCAGCUGCGGUGGAACAGCCGGAUCGAGCAACCGCUUCGCGUAGCGGUCUUGCCAGCGUUUUUUCGCCCUGGCGACGAUCGCAGACACCGCCUAGUGCCCCUGAAGGCAUCAAGGGCUGGUCGGCUCAAGAAUGCGUGGUGUGGCUGACCAAAAUUGGCUUUGAGCGCUACGAGUCACUUUUUCAAGACCAAAAAGUCACGGGCAAGGUUCUUGAUGCCAUGGAGGAUGGUUCUGGAUUUGAGCGCUUGGGUGUUCGCAAUGUUAAGGACUGCAUGGCCAUGUUUCGUCACCUCAACGCGGCCAAGGUUCACGCGGGUGAAGCAGCUCUGCCAGCAGCAGCCCUCAACUCGUCAAGCCGACGGGAAAGCGCAAGUAGCAUCGCAAGCAGCGUAGCUGGCAGCGAUAGUCCGUUAACUGCACGCCGCCGACAGCGUCGGGGACCCAAGGACUUUUACGUACCUUGUGCGGACGACUUUGGACGUGAUGCCCGUGAUUUGUCUCGUCCGUUAGCGCUGGAUGUGGUGCGGUCUUCAGCCGCUGAUGUGCUGGAUACACGUGCCACCUCCGAGCGCCUUGACCACGAGGCAUUGUUGGCCAAGACGAAGAAAAUGGUGGUCGACUUGCUGCGCCAAUCAGAGGCUACCAGUAUUCCCGAACUAUUGACUGAGCGAGUGACACCGGUACAGGAGGCGGGGCAUCGUCAAUUCACGGCACGUCAACAAAGUCAACCUGGUCUCAACGACAAGGCGCGUACGCGCGCGCUCUCCAUUGUCGGAACUUCCCUCAAGAAGCUGCAAAGUAUGGCAACCAACAACUUGGAAACGUUGAGUAGCGCUGGGUUGGUACAAGCUUCAAACAACUACCAAGACGUGCUGGACGGUAUUGCCAAGGAUAUUCGUUUUCAUGCGCACGAACUACGGGCGCGACCACGUGAGCUGCGAAAAUUGCGGGAGGCUAAGGCACGCAUGGAAGUGCGACUGGCCGAGUUGCAGGAGCGCAUCGAGAGCUAUCGAGCCAUCGCCAAGACGCUCUCUGCCACCGGUGGACCGCCUACCAGUGCUGGCUCCAGUGCCGGUCGACCUGGCGCUGUGGGGCCCAGCACGCAUAGCCUUCCCAACACAGCCGGUGUGAAAACUGCCAAGGCACGAAAAAUUGGCACACAGUUUGGUACACACACAUUCUCGGGUGCCAAACUGAAGCAGAAAAAAGUUUUCCACUGCUUGACGGCUUCAGCCAGUGUGACACUGAAAGAAGCCAGCUCGCCUGGACGUUUUAAGCUGCCGUUGCACUUUGGUGCAAUCAAAAAGUCGUGGCUACUCUACUACUCCGCAUUCGUGAUAGAAGAGGGUCGCAGCCCUGGCGGUUACCCCCAGCUGGGCAACCCGACACUCCGUGCUUUCACGCACAAGAAGCAUGGACGCAACUUUGGGGCCACGCGUCCCCAGCUUGAUGUGCGGCGCAUCGCUCGAAAAAGUACUGAAUUUGGCUUUUCCACGGAUGACAACAUACCACCCAGCUCGACCACCCCGACCUCCACGUCGCGGCCUGCCCAGCUCAAACUUCAACAGAAAGCCGCCUCUCGCUCACCCGUCUCAGUCACUCAGAGUCGGUUGCAGAACCCAACCAUACAGUCGCCCCAGAUUUCGCGAGCAAGUCACAAGCACGCUUCCCCGGAUGCCCUCGCCAAGUCCAGCGAGCGGCCUGCCUCCGGUAGCGUUUUGAUGCGCAAGCUCAAAGUUGUUGAGGAAGUGCAAGAGCAGCAGCACAAGCUCACUUUAGAAAACCACGCCAAGGCCAUCUCGACGCUGCAUCGCACUACAGCGGCAUCACCAACCCGAUCACCGAAUGUCGUCGAUAGUCUACUCCGUCAUGGUUCUUCCGCCCAAGCGCGCAACGCCGCUUCUCAGGCCAAGCUUGCUACCCCCCCGGCAAUUUCUUUCACCGAUAGCGAGGGGGAUGCUCAUCGGCCUUGGCUUCCACAAAGCAAACGGGCCAAGUGGAGCAGCUCCAACCUUCCACGCAAGGCGUCAUCCAGUGGCGGCGCGUCUGAGGGCAGUGUCGCCAGCGUGUCCUUUGAAGGCUUUCGCAAUGUUGGCAAUACCUGCUACUUGAAUGCAGUGCUCCAAUCCUUGCUGGCCGUGCACUGCUUCGUGGAUGAUCUUCGCGAAUUUGCCACGCCUGAGCGCUUCGCUCAUUCACCAACUGCCCCAGCACAGCCAAGCACCGUCACCUGUGCGCUACAAAAGCUCAUCAAGCAAAUUGAUCAACGCGAGAAGAAACAACUGGCACCGAUCGAUCCUUCAGCCAUCAAGCACUGCUUGGCGCAAACUGCGACUGCCUUUGAGGGCUGGGGCCAGCAGGAUGCCCAUGAAUUCUUAUCGUUCUUAUUGGACCGCCUACUUGCCGAGACUGAGGAUGAGGACACUUCUGAGCCCGGCAGUCCUGCAUCGGCCGCGAGUACUACGUCCUUAGCGGAAGCUAAAUUAGCGCCACGAUCACCCUCUCCCAUCAAUGGUCUUGGCAUCAUUCCCAGCAACUUUGGCGGCGAACUGCUCCACCAGCGUGCCUGCACCGGGUGCAAGCGCUCUAGUUCAUGGUCAGAAGCUUUUCUCGUGCUAAGUUUGGAGCUGCCUUCGUCGAAUGAUCCCUCUGCUACACCGCCCACGCUCCAGAAAUUGCUCGCAACUUCUCUUGCGCCGGAGGAUGUGGAAUACAAAUGCGAGUCCUGCGACUGCACCACUUCAAGACUCACCCACAGGCUGUCACGCCUACCGCGAUGCUUGAUACUGCAUGUCAAGCGCUUUACUUAUGACCUGCAAUGGCAUUCGCGACGCAAGCUACAUCAACCUAUACGCUUGGAACGCUCACUCCAAACUUCCCACGUACUCGCACGGCGCAUUAAAGGUCCAGUGCCAGUGGCCAGCGCUAAGAGCGCCGCUUUGCCAGACCAUCCGUUAAAGCGCGUACUCUUCCAAUCCACAGACGAGGCCUCCGAUGAGGGUCAGUGGCUGGAAGAAGCCUCUACGUCCGAGACCGGCAUUGACUGUGCAGUCACACCGUCGUCGGGUUCAGAACUGCAUGCUGCCAGCAAGUACCGCAUCGUUGCAGUUACGCGCCAUCAUGGGACCACAGAGGGUGGCCACUACAUUGCUGAUGUUCUUGACAGAGAGCACGGCUGGCGAGUGUUUGACGACAGUCGUGUCACCAAGUCUGACUGGGGCUCCGUGCGGAGGGCCAACGAACGCGAUGGCUAUCUGUAUUUCUAUGUCCACGAUAGCUGCAGUGCACCACACCCCGCACAAGCCAACGCCCACCCUUGA